UAUCGAUGACAGCCCCCAAAACUGUAAAAAUAAUUCCCACCUUCACGUCCAGUGAUCCAUAACACAUCGAUCGGUGGAACUUCGCUUUUUUUACUCGGGUUCGAUAGUGUGUUCAUCAAUGAACUCACUUUGUCUUCUUCGAGUUGAGACUGAAACGGUCUUAUUAUCGCAGACAUCGGCAUUUCGUGGACUUCGCUAAUUGCACCAGCGUGGAUACUCGUCAUACUGAAAAAGUGAACGAUUUUGAUAACAAUGGGGCAAUUAAUGCAUUUAACACUCCUUUAUACUUUCUCGUAGUACUUUGAUUAUCAUAAUUUGUUUACUUUCAUGAUAAUCAACUUUUAUUUUAAGUGCCAAUAGUCAAUUCUGUUAUAAUGUUAUUACUUUAUUAUGAUAUUUGAAAUUACCACAAUAAAUCGUAAUAAAGUUUUUAUUGGUGCAAAGGUAUGAAAUGAAAAAAUACAUUUAAAUAUUUUUUUUAAUUUUCACACUGGGCAAUGGUGCCACUUUGGAAAUUUGCAUGUCCACCAACCCCAAAUCUGAAAAUAGAAAAUCCCCAACUUGACCACUCUUAACCCCAUUUUUUGUGUAAUAAUUUUCAGGUUUCGGCACAAGUUUAAUCAAUUUUCGAAGAAUUUCUACAUAAUGCAAGUCUGCAGGUUAUGUUUACAGGAGGAACCGGAAAAUUUGAUUUCGGUGUUAAGUAAUAAAGAUGUAAUGGAAAAAAUUAAACACUAUGUUUCAAUUGAGAUUACAGAUAACGAUGAAUUGCCUACAACAGCAUGCAAUUCUUGUCUAGACAAAAUCAAUGAUUGGUCAGUUUUCAGAGAUAAUUGUGCAAAAGCCAAUGAAAUACUUUUAAAUUGGAUACAAAAGGGGCAAGGACUGCGUACUUGUAAAGACAAAUUUAAAUUCUUAAAGGAUUCCGAUGGUAGUCUGCAAGAUUUCAAAUAUUUCUUACUUGUUCAGCAUGAAAAAGAAAAACAGGAAUUUGAAGAUGAGAUUAAUUUUGAAAUUCCUGAAAAUGUGUACAUUUGUGAAAUAUGUUCACAGAAAUUUACCAAUUGUUUGGAAUAUUUGGACCACCAGCCUGCCCAUGAUGGGCACCCAGUAUUCAAGUGUGAUAAAUGCUCGGAGGUCUUUUCUACUAGACAAGACUUGGUUCAACAUGACAAAAAUCACAAACGCCCUUGCCCUAAAUGCGGCAAAAUGAUCCUCAAAACUAGUAUGAAACUCCACCUGAUCAAACACACCGACCGUCACAUGUGUUCUCAAUGUCACAGUUGCUUCAAUUCUCGAGCAGCCCUCCAACAACACAUCAUCACAAUCCACACGGACCGAAAAGACCACAUUUGUGAAGCUUGUGGAAAACGGUUCUCCUCUAAAACUGCAAUGACUGUCCAUUUGAAGUCACACAGUGAUGAGCGUCUCUAUGAAUGUAAAUUGUGUAAUUACAAGGGUAGGACUGCGUCCGCUGUGUAUGUCCACAUGUCCACACACGCCCGAGAAAUAUGCGUGUGUGAAGUCUGCUCGAAAAUAUUCAAAAGUAACCGGAAUUUAAACGAUCAUAUCAGGCGGGUCCACAGUAAAGAAAAGAAACACAAGUGCACAUAUUGCGAUAAGAAAUUUGUUGAUAGAUAUAUGUUGACGGUGCAUGUUAGGUGUCAUACGGGGGUGAGGCCCUACGCGUGUCAUUUGUGCGAAAAGGCGUUCAUUAGGUCAGAUGGGUUGAAGGAACAUUUAGCGACUCAUGGGGAGAGAGUUUGGUUCAAGUGUGAUAAGUGCGGACGGAAAUUUGCCUCGAAAAAAGGUGUAACGAGGCAUCAUUGUACUUAAUUAAUGAAUAUGGUCGUUUUUGUGCU